AUGAAACCUUGGGACCCAAAUGAAAACUAUAAAAAAGAAGAUGUUCAAAAGGUACCAGUUUGGGUACAGCUGGAGGAAUUGGAAUUGAAGUAUUGGGGUCAGAAAUCACUCUUCAAGAUUGUAGCUCAAGUUGGAAACCCGAUUAUGGUGGAUAGUGUAACUAGGGAAAGAGAGAGACUGAAUUACCCUAGAAUUUUAGUUGAGGUUCAAAUGGACCAAAAUCUGCCAGAUCUAUUGGAGUUUGAGAAUGAGUUUGGCACGAACACUUCGGUAGGGAUUAAAUACGAAUGGAAGCCUAUCUCUUGUACACAUUGUUCAGGUGUUGGGCAUGCGGCUGCAGAGUGUAAAAAGAAUAGCAAUGGGAAGCAGAAGUGGAUUGUUAAGAGUUACAAAAGACAACAACCUCAAGUAGAUGAGGAAGGUUUUACUAAAGUGCAAAGCAAGAAGAAUAGUGUUAGUCGAGAGUCUACAGGGACUAAAGAUGCUGGUGCUGGUGUGACUAUUAACACUAAAGUGGGAAAUAUGUUCCAGGUGCUUGAGGAAGAGGAAUUGGUUACUGAUGCAAAUGUUCAUCAACAAGCUGAUGUUUUGUGCAAGACAGGAGGGGGGGAGAUCCCUCUCUCUCUAAUGGAUAAAUUGUUAGCCUGGAAUGUUCGGCGAGCCAACAGUCAACAUAAGCAACAAAUGAUAAAGCAAUUUAUCAAUUCUCAGAAAGUUGAUUUUGUAGGUCUCCUUGAAAUAAGAGUUAAGGCUUCGAAACUUGGAGCCUUAUACUUGAAUGUGUUUGUAAAUUGGUGUUUUUCUUCCAAUAUAGCAUGGCAUGCAGGUGGUAAGAUUGUCAUCGCUUGGAAUCCUGAUCGAUUUACUGUUGACAUCCUUAAAUGCACUAGUCAACUAAUGCAUUUAAGGCUGACAACAACUGAAGGAUUUAAUAGUCUCUUGACUGUGGUUUAUGCAUCAAACAAUAGAACUGAAAGAAGAGUCCUAUGGAAGGAUUUAUGUGAGCUAAAAUCGAAUGAUAAUUGGUUGUUAAUGGGGGAUUUCAAUGAUAUACUUGCCAAAGAGGAGAGAAUUGGGCAUCGGGUUAAAACUCAUCCGGACACAGAAUUCUUGCAAUGUGUCAAUACUUGA